GGAGAGACGGAGGAAAAGUUAGUCAAGAUGGCAAAUCCCACCGACCUGGAGUGAAGGGGCACCGCUCCCCCUAAAAAAACGACACCGCCUGUCGGCCUUCCUGAGACAAAGCCAACGAUGCAAACUGCGCUACAAGGCCCCAAAGGGGUUCCCUUAAGAACUUGCCUGUGAUGCAGAAGCUGAUACGAUGUCUUGCAAGGUGGGAAGCUGACUCAUCAAAUAUCAAUUCCACUCUGGGUGAGUAAUUUCCUGAGGGCAGCUCAUAACAGUCAAGGAGCAUCACAGGACGACCAAAUUUGAAGGAUUACUUUGUGGGUCAACUCUUUUUGGCACCAACGAGACGGCUGUCUUGCUGUCGCCGAAGCAAAGAAUGUCCUCCUGCAGCUUCAGCUGAACCCACCCAACAUUCAGAAAUCCCUUCAUCAGCGGUAAAAAGAACAUUGGUGGACAGUUAAGGCGAGGUUUCUCUGUGCCUUGGACCCCCCAGUCAGCAUCCUCGCUUCCAGACCAUGAUGUUUCGCGAUCAGGUGGGCGUGCUUGCCAGCUGGUUCAAAGGGUGGAAUGAGUGCGAGCAAACGGUGGCACUGCUGUCUUUGCUGAAGAGGGUGAGCCGGACCCAGGCUCGUUUUCUGCAGCUCUGUCUGGAACAUUCCCUUGCGGACUGCACGGAACUGCAGGUUCUAGAAGCAGAUGCCAACAAUCCAGAGGCCAUCAGCCAGUGGCAAGGCGAGACAAAAGAACAUGUCAUCUCACUUGUCCUCACCCAUUUGCCACUACUCAAACCAGGCAACGUAGAAGCCAAAGGCGAGUACAUGCGCCUGCUACCGCGCAUCCUUGCUCACACUAUUGAGCAUGGCCGUCACCUGGAAGAGUCUCGCCAACUCUUAUCGUAUGCCCUCAUCCACCCUGCCACCUCCCUAGAGGACCGUGCCGCAUUGGCUCUGUGGCUCAACCACCUGGAGGAGAGGGCCGCUGCCAGGGGAGACUCACUGGAAAGGCCAUCUCCGCAUAAUCGUCAAUCCACUCCGCCGUCCACCCUUACAUCAUCAGGAUCCUCCACCAAUACCUCCUCUUCAGUUAACCUGUACUCUUCGCACCACCACCAGCGCUAUGGGUCAGACGAUCGCCUAAAUGGGUGGCAGAACUCCAGGGAUUCAGGAUUGGGUGGAGGCUGGCAACAGCAGGGAUGUGAGAAUGGACACCUGCCUCUUUACCCAUCAUCCUCUGUACCAGCAACCAUCAACACAGUUGGAACUGGUGGAAGUAGUAACGCAAUCCUAACAAGUGGCAAUCAGCAGCACAGUCCUCUGAAGCGCUCGGUGUCUCUCACGCCUCCAAUGAGUGGCCAAAGCAACCAUCCCAUGGGUCCUGUCUGGUUGUCCCAGGAAGAUCUACGUAGUAGCAGAGGCCCAGCCCCCGAUCACGCACCCUUGUCCCCUCAAAGCAGUAUCGCUUCCUCAGGCAGUGGAGGAAGUGAGCAUCUGGAAGAGACCAAUUUAGGAGGGGGUUCAAGUCUGCAUCGCAGUUCCUUUCAUGAGGAUGGCAGCGGUAUGAGGGAUGUUCCCUCAUGGCUGAAGAGUCUCCGUCUCCAUAAGUAUGCGGUGCUGUUUUCCACGAUGACCUAUGAUGAAAUGAUGUCACUUACAGAAGAACAACUGGAAGCACAGAAAGUCACCAAAGGAGCAAGACACAAGAUUGUUAUCAGCAUCCAAAAGCUCAAGGAGAGACAAAACCUGCUGCGCAGCCUAGAAAAGGACGUAUUAGAAGGCAGUAAUCUGCGUGUGCCCUUGCAAGAACUCCACAAUAUCAUCAUAACGCCAAUCAAGGCUCUCAGUGGUGGCGAAGAGACGUCCUUGCAGCGCUCUCCCCUGAACCCAGAAGCCAAAAGCUCUGCGCCUGGAUCCCACCUUGCUGGAGGAGGUGGAGAGGUGGAAGCCAGCUCGAGUGUCAUUGCAGAGGGUGAUAUACCCAGCCAGUUUAUUCGUGUCAUGGGCAAAGUUUGCACUCAACUACUGGUGUCGAGGUCAGACGAAGACAACAUCAGUUCCUACCUACAACUGAUUGACAGGUGCCUUAUACAUGAGUCCUUUAGCGAGACUCAGAAGAAGAGGCUGUUGUCAUGGAAACAACAGGUCCAGAGGCUGUUCCGGGCCAUUCCGAGAAAAACACUCCUUGACAUCGCAGGUUAUCGACCGCAGAGAAGCAGUCGUGGAUUCGGUCAGUCCAACUCUCUUCCCACCACAAGCUGUGUUGGGAGCAGUGUGAUGGCCAGAAGAAGCCUUCGGCAAUUCCAGGUGCCCUCUCGGAGCUUACCAGGUGUAAGGCUGGGCCUGCUGGGCAGCGGAGGCCUGCUGGGACCUUCACCUCGUAGCAGCAGCAGCACACCCACAGGCCUCAAGCAAGGGAAACAAGGGCUGUGGUUUGCCAAUCCCGGAGGCAGCAACAGUAUGCCCAGUCGAACCCACAGCUCAGUGCAACGGACACGCUCCCUGCCAGUUCACACAACGCCACAAACUAUGGUCAUGUUCCAACAAGCUGAUCUACAGCUGCCGGCUACAGAGCCAGACAUCAACAAUCGCCUUGAAUCAUUAUGUCUGAGCAUGACAGAACAUGCGUUGGGAGAUGGUGCUGAUCGAACUUCAACAAUAUGAAACGACGGCCAGAACCGUGUACGUAGCUUCACAAGGCCCUCUCACAACAAGUCACUCCGAGGUCACCUGCCCUGCAGCGCCCUCUUCCUGUAGCCAAAGGUAGAGCUCAACCAAGAAACAUUUGCCAUCACAUCGGCUGCAUUGACGGGGUUGGAAAACACACCGACUGCUGUGACCGACAACUUGUCACCUGCGAAUGCACCUGGCAAGCAACAGAGAGAAAGAGAGAGCAGGUCUGAACGGCGUGUGUGUGUGUAAACAGCGCCCUCUCAGGAGAUCAGAAGCACUACAACAGACAGAUCAGUGGAGAUGCUGGGCUGUGGAUCAGGCCCAGUCCCUGCCACUAUUCUGGUCUCCAUACAUUUAUCUAGGUUUGAAAAGGCUCUUGUUUCGGUUACUUUGUUUACACAAUGAUGCUACUUUCAAAAGGGUACAGAAACAAAAGGUAGGAAUGACAAAUUCUGUAAAGCCUCGGCCGUCUACCAGCUUUACGUCCCAUUGAGUAGCCAUCACGCUAGUUUACAACCGACGUGCUUAUUAUCCUUUAUUAUAUUUAUCCACGCCAAUGAAGAGGGAAAAGAGGAUGGUGAGAAGCAAGGGAAAAAAUGGAGAAGAAGGUAGAAGGGAAUGGACCAAGAGUAGGAAUCCUGGAAAAGGAAGCGGAUGUUUGAAGGAGCAAAAACAUCAGAGGCGGGACCUUUUGAUGUCCUUAAAAUGACGGAGGGAGAGGACGUCACGUGGAAUCGUGUUAGUUUGUUCUGUGAGUGGAAGAGGAAGUGACCGGUCAGUUACGUAUAGUUUAUCUUUAGUGUGUAUUGUAUGAACUCUCAAUUGAGAGCAUUAGUCUUUCAUACGUAUAUAAGUGGGAGUACAUACAGCUGAAUUGCCAAUGGGAUUUAUUGUAUGCAUGUUCACAUACUGGGAUUGAUUUGGGGGGGGACUUGUAAAACAGGGGCGAUUUAAGCUGCAAAUCAUAACUUACUUACAGGAAAACGAGCAGACAUCCGAGACCGGCGGUGUCUCAAUUCUUACACAGUCAAUGCUAAAUAUAAGUAUGGAAAUGCUUGAAUCGACACAGAGCCUUUAAACUAGUCAGUCCAUGAAGGGUUACAUCCCAGAGAUUGUCUGACUGGAGACACUGCCCCCUACUGGCACUAAUGCUGGCACACAAGUCACCUGACCACACUAAAGAGGCCAUAAAUUGUUGGUGGUUCAGUGUGAAUGAAGCUCGUACCUAACCUCCUCUCAACAUAGGCUGACACUUUAUUUGACUUUGUCAUUUAUAAUUUAUCCCCCCGUUUAUUGUGUCCGGAAUGCAGACUAUUAGUUUUCUAUUGUGUGAUUUGAUAGCAUUGCCAUUAUUUAGCUUCUUUAGUUUAUUUGCAAGUGCUUUCUUCCUAACCUGCACUUGACAUGAUAAUGUGACACGGUAACAUAGUACAAAGUUAUUAAUAUGCUGAUUAGCUAGUCAGCUGUUAUUAGAAACACACCCAGUGGUGAUCUUCAUUCAAGUCUUCCAGCAGAGAUGUUCCAUUCCUUUUUGGUGUCCAUCAACUGUGCUGAAUAUACAGUUUAAGGACCAAACCGGUUUUUGGAUGUUGGAGCCUCUUUAGUUUUGAUCUGCUAAAUAACUACAACCAAAGUGCUCUUUAGCGUGGUAAUAUGCUGUGAAAUAUGGGUGAAAGUCAAACAAUUUGAAUAUCAUGCAAAAGUUAGUUUAUUCUAGCAAUUAGAUUUACAAGGUGAAAAUAAUAUAUCACAAAGACUCAUAACAUGCAACUCAAUAUAUUUCAAGCCUGUUCAUAUAAUAUUGACAAUUAUGACUUACAGUUUAUGAAAACCUUGACUUGAAAAUCUCAGAAAAGUUGGGGUUUUCAUAAAUCGUCAACUGGGAUCAUCAAAAUUAUAACAAAUAAAAGCUUGACAUAUCUAACGUUCCAUGUAAUGGGUUUAUAUUACAAAAUAGUUUCACAUUUGAAUUUGAAUUGCUGACAUGAAUGGACUUGAAGACGAAUACGCACGUGCGUUUAAGAUGUGCCGUCAGAAGUGCAUUGUGGGAUUUCCCUUAAGGGGACUAAACAUGCAGAAAAUGCUGACAUGCCAGUAAGUCCAUGUGAGGCCACACUGUAAGGUUCAGUGAUGGAACACAGAGCUGUGUCUCAAUUGGUGCACUUCCGUACCUACACUUUGUCUUUUUGACAGCAAUACGUUGUCACUUCCUGGUGCACAAUGAUGGUAUUUAGCACACUCAAUACGUAGCAGAAGGGAAGUAACUAACUUGAAAUGGCGACUGAGGAGCAGCUCUUAGGCCCAUAUGUGACGUGUACCUGAUUUUUUUUUCAUGUCAUGUGAAAAACUACGAUUCUGCUGGAUAUAAAUCAUAUAUGUGUCCAGUGCAACUACAGUCUGAAUGAUCGGGUCGCAUUCAUCUGACCCAUACAUCAUCAAAAAGCAACAAAUGUUGUAAUUCUUCACCAAAAAAGACUAUUGUGAAAAGAAACACUAAAUGAAUGAACACAAAGCAGGCAAAAAGAAAGAUGUUUUAAAACUCACCUCAAUGUUUCACCACUUCUGAUGACCCACAAACUGCAGGAGACAAAAUAAUUGUUCACUUCCUUCUUAACCUCCUACUCAAAAUAAUUCAGUUAAGAAAAUAUUGACUCAAAUUGCACACAAUCUGGGAAGUUGCAACAAAUGUACCAAGAGUGAGAUCUACCAGAUUUGGAGCUUUCUAUUUACUUCCUUAAACACACAGCAUAUUAUCUAUAUAAACGACUACAUAAAAAGAUCGGAUUUAACAAGAAAUCCAAAAUUAGGCCUCAUACCCUGUAGUGUGAACAUAGCCAUAGAAAAGGAAAGUAGUGAACAGAAGAAGUGGGUAAAUAUUGUGAUCGCUAUUUCCAAUAAUCGAUUUUAGACAGAUACACAGUAUACUUAUUGAAGUGUACAGACAGAAGUCUGCGGUUCCUCAGUUUUCAUUAGCAGAAUCGAAUCGUAUGAAUAAUGAAACAAUUUCUCGAAGAAAUAAUGCAAAUCCAAUUAAUCUGUUUCCAAGCACCCAAAAAGUGUUAAUGCCGAACACAUUUUAUAAAGAAUAAUCAUAGUUUUACGUGCAGAAAACAAUGUUGAAAAAAUAUAAAUGAUGAAUGAAAUAGAUAAAUUAAAUUUAACAAUACUUUUACGUUUGAGUACUUGUUUGUGAAGUCAGCCAUAAGAGGCGGGAAAGAGAAAGGUAUCUUUGUAUAUCGCUACAAAUUAUUUUUUUAAUUCAAUAGUGUUUCUUACCUUCCUUAUCAAAGUGCUUUUACUCGUAACUUUUGUCGGCCCCAUGGUGUCUUAUUUUGCAGUCGUACCAUCGUUUUUUGGCACUACAUUGUUCAGAGUGAUACGCGAGGGAAUAGACAAGUUUGUUAAACACAUUAUUUGGCUGCAUGAUGACCGAGACAGUUUAUGAAAAUCCGAGGCCAAAUUUCAUCAAAAUGAAUCCUAUAAAAAGUGGAGCGUACGGUAAUGGAGAUAUCAUUUGUUUUCCAUUUGAGACACAGCCUGUGUACAAUGUUUUUAUCCACACGCUACUUUGUUAAAGAGUCAUGUUGAUGCUGCACAUUUAGAUUACAUAUUCUUCUUUUUGCUGCAUUAAGAACUCUUCAGUUCUUCAUCUCCAUGACAUGAGUGUGACCUAUGACCCCAGUUCGGGCUUACUUAGCGCUACAUUGUGUUUGUGUU